UAGUGUCACAGCCCGCCUGUAGCUCUGCCGUGCAGUUUGGACCACCGUAAACACACACGGAAUAAUACACACACAGAGGAAACCAAACCCCUCGGAGUGUCCUGUCCGAGCGGACCGCUGUCUCCUGGUUGUUGUCUCUAUCUGGGAGGAGGAAAGGUGACGGGAUUAUGGCUGCACUUUCUCCACAGAUCCGAGGACUUCAGACAGAUGAGGAUGAAUCCAGAAUCCUUAAAGUGAAAGUCAUCGCUGGAAUUGGACUGGCUAAAAAAGAUAUACUUGGAGCCAGUGAUCCAUAUACAAGACUGUCCCUCUAUGACCCUGUCAAUGGAGAAAUCACAAGUCUUCAGACCAAAACCAUUAAAAAGUCAUUGGAUCCAAAAUGGAACGAAGAAUUCUUCUUUAGGGUUGAUCCCAGGAAGCAUCGUCUGCUGUUGGAAGUGUUUGAUGAGAAUCGUCUGACACGUGAUGACUUUCUGGGACAGGUGGACGUCCCUUUAAAUCAGAUACCGACAGAAAAUCCUAAUACAGAAAGGCCAUAUACAUUCAAGGAUUUUCUGCUUCAUCCACGAAGCCAUAAGUCUAGAGUCAAGGGUCAUCUGCGUCUCAAAAUGACAUACCUGCCAAAAGACUCAGGUUCAGACCAGGAACCUGCAGAUCAGACUGAGGACACAGAUCCUGGUUGGGAGUUUCUGGAGGGUCAGGACAUGUCAGGUCCCAGACAAAGCCAGCUGCUUCCUGCUCUGCCCCCUGGCUGGGAGGAGCGGCAGGACAACCUGGGAAGAACCUACUAUGUCAACCAUGAAAGCAGAACCACACAGUGGCAGCGACCCACCAUGCAAGACAGUGAUUUAGAAACGCAAAGACUGAUCAAUAAUGUGGAUGCCGAGCAUUCUUUUAUCACACGCAGACAGAUCUCAGACCACGAUGAGAACACCACACGGGAGUCUCCUGAGAGCUGGGAAAUCAUCACUGAAGAUGAGUCCACCUUGUACCACAGCAGUAACCAGAUCUCAUCACCUCCACCACACCCGCCCAUGGAGUUCCUCUCAUUCUGUGAUGAUAUGAGCAACAUGCACAUUUCAGGGGCCACAGCUGGAGAGCAGCGCACCUCCCAGACGGAUCACGCUAGUAACUCAAGCCAUUCCAGUCGUAGAGGAAGCGCCCAGACUUCAACAGGAGAAGAAUAUCCUGCUAAUCCUGUGCUGCUUCCAACCUCAGCUGGGCUGCCAGCAGGCUGGGAGGAGAAACGAGACAGUAAAGGAAGACGCUACUAUAUCAACCAUAACACUCGAACAACAACAUGGAUUCGUCCCCUUGUGCAGAAAACCACUGACGCAGCAGUUCCAAGUAGUCCUGGUUUAUCUCAGAGCCCAGUACCAUCCCACAUGCCUGUGUCGCCUCCAGAGUCUCCUCAGCAGACCCCGAGUCCAGAGUCUACCCAGGAGUCAGGCUUCUUACCAGCUGGUUGGGAGGUUCGCAGUGCUCCCAAUGGAAGACCCUUUUUCAUUGACCACAACACAAAGACAACUACCUGGGAUGAUCCCAGGCUUAGGAUUCCCGUGCACAUGAGGAGGAGACCUUCACUAGACCCAUCUGACCUCGGCCCACUGCCUCCCGGCUGGGAGGAGAGGGUCCACACUGAUGGGAGAGUAUUCUACAUAGAUCACAACACCAGGACCACACAAUGGGAUGAUCCCAGAUUACAGAAUUCAGCUAUAACUGGACCAGCAGUGCCUUAUUCCAGAGACUAUAAACAGAAGUAUGACUACUUCCGGAAGAAGCUGAAGAAACCGGCUGACAUCCCAAACCGCUUUGAGAUGAAGCUGCGGCGAAACGCAGUGUUGGAGGACUCUUACCGGCGCAUCCUGUCAGUGAAGAGGCCAGACCUGCUGAAGGCACGACUGUGGGUGGAGUUUGAGGGAGAAAAAGGUCUGGACUAUGGAGGUGUUGCCAGAGAGUGGUUCUUCCUCAUGUCCAAAGAGAUGUUUAACCCAUACUAUGGACUGUUUGAGUAUUCUGCCACGGACAAUUACACUCUGCAGAUUAAUCCCAACUCAGGUUUAUGUAAUGAGGACCACCUGUCUUACUUCAAGUUCAUUGGUCGUGUUGCAGGCAUGGCGGUGUAUCACGGCAAACUCCUCGAUGCUUUCUUCAUUCGACCUUUCUACAAGAUGAUGCUGCAGAAAUCGAUCCAUCUGCAGGACAUGGAGUCUGUGGACAGUGAAUAUUUUAACUCGCUGAUGUGGAUUUUGGAGAAUGACCCAACAGACUUGGAUUUGAGGUUCACCAUCGAUGAAGAACUGUUUGGGCAGACUCACCAGCACGAACUAAAGCCCGGCGGCACAGAGAUUGUUGUGACGAAUGAAAACAAGAAGGAAUACAUCCAUCUAGUGAUACAAUGGAGGUUUGUGAACAGGAUACAGAAGCAGAUGACUGCCUUCAAGGAGGGAUUCUUUGAAUUGAUACCACAAGAUCUAAUUAAGAUCUUUGAUGAGAAUGAGCUUGAGCUGCUUAUGUGUGGUCUUGGAGAUGUGGAUGUGAAUGACUGGAGAGAGAACACCAAGUACAAGAACGGCUACUGCCCCAACCACGCAGUGAUCCAGUGGUUUUGGAAAACUGUGCUGCUGAUGGAUGCAGAGAAGCGGAUCCGGCUCUUACAGUUUGUAACCGGAACCUCCAGGGUCCCAAUGAAUGGAUUUGCUGAACUUUAUGGGUCUAACGGACCACAGCUGUUCACCAUUGAGCAGUGGGGAACACGUGACAAACUGCCACGAGCCCACACAUGCUUUAAUCGACUGGACCUUCCCCCUUACGAGUCCUUUGAGGAACUGAGGGAGAAACUUCACAUCGCCAUCGAGAAUGCACAAGGCUUCGACGGGGUGGAUUAGUUCUAAAUGAUUCAGAUCAACCAUCGGUUUCAAGUCAAAAAUUGACGGGGUGAACAGAUGAAAAAACUGUGCAUCAGACACAGGUUGUAUAUCCUGCCAGCUGUGUGACAGAUGAAGAAGCGUCACACAGGCUUCACUCUGGUCCUCUGUGGGCACACGUGGAAAAGGACAUGAAAUCUGGAGUGACAGAGGUAUUUAAUCACUCCACGUGUUCUAAAGUUUACAAAUUCAGGGUUUCUUAAGCCUUGUCAUUUGAAUUUUUUACUGUCAGUCACUCAAAAAUGUAUUAACUCUUAUUUGUUUUGCUAAAAUGCUGAAAUAUUUAUUGAUUCUGUGAAAUUUUAACAUUACAGACAUAAAUGUGAAUGCAAAGCUGAAUGACAGACAUCUCUCUUAAACAAAUCCUGUUUGUUUUAUUUGGACUAUGUUGCCUUAAAACUCAGCUUCUUGCUUCAGGUAAAUGUGUGACUUCGUCUUCACAUUAUAAUUAGUGAGAAAUGGGUAUAGUCAUACAUCACCUCUGAAGGAAAUUCAUUCAUUUGUUCCUAUAAUAGUAAUGUAAAAAAGGAAUAUCAUUGUUCAGGCGUGGCAGAUGUAUAAUGUCAUUAGUUUUCCCAUAUAAAAUCUGAAGUGAAGUCUCUUUAAACAACUCCCCCACACUUACUGGCUUUAAAGUGAACAUUUUUCAGAGGUUUGGAAAAGACACUAUAACAUGGUGAUUCCAGAGGGGCCCGUUUUAAGAAGCAAAAGUGAAUUGACAUUUGCAAUUCAACCCAAAUAAAACAGAUGUGAAUGGCUGUUUUUCUAGUUAUCUCAAAUUUCUCAAUGUAAUUAUUUAGCAGAUUUCAUUCCACUGUAUUUAUGCAGGAGAAGCUGAAUAGACCACCUGAAAAGCAUUUGUAGCAGAACAUUUGUAGUUCAUAUACACGUUUGAGCGACUACACUUAAAAACCAAAUGUAAUCCAUUAAUCAUUAUCAUAGUGAUGUACCAAUACAGGACCAGUAAAAGGCUCAACUAAUUAUAGUCUGUAGUCCACAGAUCCAACUAUGUGACUAAAUGCAGUGUUAGAUUGUGCUCAGUUUCUAUGCAUUAUUGUACAUAUUGACUUAAGAAAAUUAACUUGAUCUUGAAGUUUCCCACUUAUUACAAACAUAUAUUGUAUAUAUAAAUAUGUCUUUACCUUUGACAAAAUUUUAACCCAUUUACUGUUUCAACUGUUAAUGACACUCAAAUUGUCAGGAAUAAAACCGUUACUGGUGCUGCUCUGCAUCCUGCAUCUUUCCUUUUCUCUUCAUGUUUAGUUAUUAAUUUCAUGAGUUCAGCAUUGGCUGCAUGGGUAGCAGAUGAAAGGAUAAAUAUGUGAACAUGUUGUCUUUCCUGGGCACGAGAUGAAACACACAUUAUCUGACAAACUGACCUAAUCCUAUAGGUUGUAUACACUUAUGUAUUAUAGAUUGUUGCCUUUUGUCAUUGAGUUAUAUUUUGUGUCCUCUACUCAUCAUGGGUGUCGAACUGCCGCACAGUGCUCUAUUUUUAAGAGUACACCUUUUACUUUUUUCUUUGUUUUUUCAGACUGUACAGAUUAUACUCUCAAAAUGAGUAAUCACUUGUAAUACAUGUAGAAAAGUUGUUCUGCUUAAGCAGAGUUUUCACAGUUAAUUUUCUGAAUGGUAAAACGUGUUUACACUACCUGCCAUGUUUACAGGUUAAUGACUAAGGACGAUGAUAUCAUGGGCUGGUUCUUGUCUCUGAAAACACAAUUUUAUACUUAUGCUUUUAUAAAGUGACGCACUUUGUUCAUAUCGAUGAGUCUUACUUCUGACCUGUCUGAAUCCUCGCAGUCUGUCAGCACACUGCUUCUGUCGCUGUUUAAGAAAUGAUCCUAUGCUUCAAAUGCACGUCUUUAAAUGUUUACAUGUGAACAUUGCUGAAAAUAAGCACAUUCUCUUCUUUCACAUAUAUUUAAAAUGAAAUAUCGAGGCCUUUAUUUGUAAUGUAUGUAGAAUUUGAUUGUGUUUAUGAUAUUCUUUAAAUGGAAGUACUGAUAUAUAUGUACUAUUAUCUACUGAGAAAUAAAUAGAUCAACUCUUGAUUUCUGAUAUAUCAAAUUUUGUUAUUGUAGAAUUUAAUUAUAACACUUGUAAGUGAAUUACAACAAAAAUAUACAUGCAACCUACAGUAUGUACACCGUCAUAAAGAGUGAAGUCAAUUGUAACAAAUCUGAAUUUCAUGUCCUGUAGCACACCAAA